AGCGCUAGAGAGUUGAUUUAUCGUCCGUGUAAACUCAAAUGUGUGGUCUGGGAGGGCAGAUGGCACUCUUCUGCGAUCUGAUGGGUUGCUGGCAAGCAUUUCCGUAGUGUAGUUUUUAAUGCAUCAUGACAGAGGCUCCUCUGCCUGACUCAUCUGUCCUAAUUUCAAGCUAAAGCCAGACAUACAUUAUUUCACAUAGAGCAGGCGGUGCAGAUGCAUCCAUACACAUUUAACUCCUCCGUAUGCGCGUGCUAUUCGGAAACGAGUGAUAAAACACUUUUAAAAGGAUUCAUUCAUCAUGUCAAAGCGGUACAUUCUUUAAAUUGAUCCGUGGACGAUUCUGGGUCGAUAAUAACGUUAAGUUACAUGGUAAUACCAAGGUUCCCGGAGACGAGGAUGUCGAAACGGCUGCGAAAUAGCGAAGUUUGUGCGGACUGCAGCAGUCCUGAUCCUCGCUGGGCGUCUGUGAACAGAGGAGUUCUGAUAUGUGAUGAGUGCUGCGGUGUUCAUCGCAGUCUGGGUCGCCACAACUCACAAGUGCGCCAUUUGUCCAACACACCCUGGCCGCCCACCCAGCUACAGAUGGUUCAGACAUUAUACAACAAUGGUGCUAAUGCAAUAUGGGAGCACACUCUGAUGGACCCGUCAUCCAUCACCAGCGGGAAACGCAAACCCAAUCCUCAGGAUAAAGUCCACCCUAACAAAACAGAGUUUGUCAAAUCAAAGUAUGAAAUGCUGGCUUUCGUCCAUCAUUUACCGUGUCGAGAUGAUGACAGUACAGCAGCUGCUGAUCUAAGCAAGCAACUUCACUCCAGCGUUAGAACUGGCAAUCUUGAAACUUGUUUGCGGUUACUGUCGCUUGGGGCUCAAGCCAAUUACUUCCACCCGGAGAAAGGGAACACCCCGCUGCACAUCGCAGCUAAAGCAGGCCAAGUGUGCCAGGCUGAGCUUCUCUGUGUUUACGGGGCAGACCCUGGUGCUCCUGACUCCGGCGGCAAAACGCCCAUCCACUAUGCAAGGCAAGCUGGCCAUCAGGACCUGGCAGACAGACUGGUGGAAAUACAGUAUGAGCUCACAGACAGGCUGGCCUUCUAUCUCUGUGGGCGGAAGCCUGACCACAAGAAUGGACAGCAUUUCAUUAUACCACAGAUGGCGGAUAGCAGUCUGGAGUUAACAGAGUUCGCAAAAGCUGCAAAAAGAAAGCUGCAGUCUCUCAGUGAUCAUUUGUUUGAGGAACUGGCGAUGGAUGUGUACGAUGAAGUGGAUCGAAGAGAGACAGAUGCAGUUUGGCUAGCCACUCAGAACCACAGCACCUUGGUAACGGAGACAACAUUUGUGCCUUUCCUUCCUGUAAACCCAGAGUACUCAUCAACACGAAACCAGGGAAGACAAAAGCUGGCAAGGUUUAACGCUCAUGAAUUUGCCACACUUGUGAUUGAUAUUCUAAGUGAUGCAAAGCGACGCCAGCAGGGGAAUUCAGUCUCAAGUCCUAAAGACAAUGUUGAGGUGUUCUUCAAAAGCGUGGGUAGCCGUCAUGGAAGUGAAAGCCAGGAAAUGGACCAGCCAGACUAUGACAGUGUGGCGUCCGAUGAGGACACGGACAUUGAUUUACGAGUGGGCAAAGCACACCGAGCUAAGAGUCUGGACUCUGAUCUGUCCGAUGGACCGAUUUCUGUGCAGGAGUUCCUGGAGGUAAAAAAUGCGCUUUCAGCCUCGGAGGCCAAAAUUCAGGAACUGAUGAAGGCCAAUAGUAAUCUGAGUGAGGAGCUGAGAUUGAUGCAGAAAAAGCUGCAGUCUCUGCAAAGCGAGAACAGCUCUCUCAGGCGGCAGGUCUUCACUCAACAGCCCUAUCAGGCCCCCGGCGGCCCUGACCACCCCAAUCCCUCCAGCCCCUCCUCCUCUUCCUCCUCCUCUGCCCUGAAACGCCGUCUCUCUGCACAGACGAGCCGCCCCAUGUCUAUGUGUGAAACCGGCUCUGGUCUGAAGCCCUUUCUCCCCAGGAGAGAGACUCCUUAUCUUGAGGAGACCUUCCCCACCCUGCAACCCUUCCCAACCUAUGCCUCCAGAUUUGACAAGCAGAGCAGUGUGUCUGAUGGUGACUAUGAUAACACAGUUAGCGAAUCUGAUCUGGAUGACUCUGGCUUUGGCCGAAGAUGUCGUCUGCGCAGCAGCGGCUGGAUGGGAGAGAGCGGCUCUAUACUUGAGCUGGACGAUCACGAGAGCGAGCCUGACCCCAGUCUGCCCAGCACUGAAGACGUCAUCCGUAAAACUGAGCAGAUCACCAAGAACAUCCAGGAACUGCUGAGGGCUGCUCAGGAGAACAAGCAUGAGAGUGCACCAUGUGAGCAGAGGGAGAGUGUCCACAGACUUAGACACAGUUUGGGUUGUUUCAGCACACUGGUGCCUUGGGCAGACAAGCCCCCGUCUCCCACGCAGUCCCUCGGCCUAAGAGCUCCCCACCCAGCCAACCCCAACAACCCUGCCUCCUGCUUUAUACCCUGCGCAGAAAGAAUAUAUGUGGCUGUGAAUGAAAUGGCUGCCCUGUUCCCAAAGAGACCACGCUCUGAGACGGUGAGGAGCUCUUUGCGAUUGUUAACGUCCAGCGCAAACCGGCUGCAGGGCGAGUGUAAGAAAGCAUCUCUUCUGGAGAGCAGCCCUGCAGCCGACGUACAGCUGGUCACCCAGCAGGUCAUCCAGUGCGCUUAUGACAUCGCCAAAGCUGCCAAACAACUUGUGACCAUAACCACCAAAGAGAACAACAACUGAUCCUGCUUCCACACAUUUCCACCUGGAAUGCAACCCUGCUAUUAUUUUAUCAGUAAUUAUUAGCUACUGUAUGUCACAUGAGUUUUUCUUGUAAUUUUUUAAAUCUAAGAUAUAUUUGCAUGUUAUUUUUAAUUUAAGGUGUCUGUUGUCAGUGUUGUUUGGGUUGAAGCCAUGAGAUAAAGCGUGAAGUGCUCUCAAGGGUUGUGUAAGGAUGUGUAUAUGUGUGGACCUGUGAAAGUGUAUUUGACUAGAUGGCAGUUGAGAUGUUGUGGAUUGAGAAGGAUUUGAGCAGAAAUGAAUCAGCAAUAGGGCAGCCAAUCACGUACUAAAUAUUCAGUAAAUGCCUGACUUUUUGCACUAUUCUGAAAACUGCUUUUACCUCUUCAUAUGCAAACAUUUAGUUUUUUUGUUUUUGUUUUUUGGUUGCGUUGUUUUUGAGUGAUGUUAAAAUCAAAAUAAUUUCAGUUAAAUUAUAUAGUGUAAAAAAUCUAUUGUACAAAACAUUCAGUUAAUGAGGUCUGGUAGGCGUAGUUUAGGUACAGAUAUAAUAAACUUGUAAUUAUAAAGAUGUC